ACACUUCAAAUAGAUGGGUAAUAACUAUCUGUAUUUUUAGAGAAACUAUUCUUAUGAUGAUUCCCGUGGACUAGAAUCAAGGGAUGCUUUUAGAGGCUCUAGCAGUGACUUCUAUGAGAAACCAGAGUAUACCAGGGAGAGAGACCCAGAGUACCGCAGAGGGCUACCACAGCCUGGUGUUCAGAGAGACAGUUUGGCUGAGAGACUUGAUAGUGAAAGCAGUGGAAUGAAAGGGAUGCUGCAGACACUGUCGCAGUGUCUGGUGAACAAUGAGGAUGAGGCGGCCAUGGCUCUGCAGGUGUCCAAUGUACUGUCCCAAGCUUUGAUGGCAUACAGACAAAAUAAGGCUGGUGGGUCAAACCCAGCACCAUCAGCUUCCUCUGUAGCCAGUUGUUCAUCAGGAGCAGCCACAACUUUUGGCUCUCAGUCAAAUGUGACAUCAGAACGUCAACUCCAACCCCCUCCCUUGCCUCCAGUGCCACCUAUACCUAUGCUCCAGCCUAUACCUCCACCCCUACCCAAGAGCAGUUACCCCUCAAACUUCCCUAGUUCUGAUGAUUAUGGACAAGACUAUGACCCCUACAGAGACAACUCCUUUACAUCAUUUGGACAAUCCUGAGGUGGACAGCAGGGAUGGCUGGGGAUUGUACAAAUUGGAAGAGAGGAUCACUUUAUAGUUUUGUGUUCACCUGGAACAGCUCAGAAGUUCUGCACAAAGUCAGUAGGAGAGAACACGUCCUAUCAACUUAAUGGGGCAGAUGACUUACAGGCCAAGAAGUGCUCCUUUUGGUUAAUUUCUUAUGUGGACCAAUAAGUGACUAUGAAAAUUAAUGGCAAAGAAACCAAUUUAUUUGUGCAAAAAAUAAAGUUUUUACAGUUUUUUUUCCAUGACCACAUUAGUAAUUUUCUCUUGGUAAUUGAUAGUAACUUUUGGCAUUCAUACAUAAAACGGUUACAGUAAGCAUUUUUCAGUUUUUUUUUUUUUAAUUUUCAUUUGGCCUUUAAGCAUUAGUGACAGUGCCAUCCCUUAUAAUUUAAUUGUUCAUUUUUUAAUCAAAUUCAUGGCAUACUAAUCAGUCAAUUAACAAAUUGACUAUGAUGUGACAUGGGGGAAGUUGAUUUGUCCCACUGCUUGAUCAAAAAUGCAAGUAAAUAGCAUUGCUGCUAGUCAAUGCUACAUCAUUGCUACAUCAAUGUUCUAUUUUCUCCUUUUAUAAAUUAUAAUUUACGGUUAUUUCUUGAUCUUUUCAAUGGGCAAAAGUUAUCAGCUUUCUUGUUACAUAAUCUUAUAAUCACAAAAAUUAUAGUUCUGUAUAACAUUUUUACCACAUAGAAUAGAUGUAGAAUAGCCUGCAGUUUAAUUUUGUUGCUUCCACUUAACAGGAAUGCUCCAAUUAUAAGAAAUAUGAUUAUGACUUAAACAAUACAGUAUCUGUAAAAUUCACAAUUUUCCUCUAUGAAAAGAUUGAGUAAUUACACCUCCUUUACAUCAUUUGGACAAUCUUGAGGCUGACAUUUCUAGAAAAACAAAAUAAGCUAAAUUUUCAUUAGAAAAGUCGCUAUUUUGUCAAAUCUUUAAAUUACACAGAUUGUUAGUGGCUGUCCUAAGAUAUACUGUUGGCAGUAUUGACCUAGAAUGUUUGUGUUUUUGUGUAUAUAUGAAAUACUGAAAAUAAAAUGUU